CUGGACGUAUAAAAGAGCAGCACAGAUGGUAGCGCAGGCCAGUCUUCGGGAGUAAGCCGUUGACGACUCUGCCUGUCCUCGAGAACUCGACUCGCCCUACCUCAGAUCGUGAUGCAUCUCCUCAACGUCUUCAGCUCGGUCCUCGCCGGUGUGACUACCCUGCAAGGCGUCGCAGCGCUGCCGCAAGGUUUAUGGUCGAGGGAUACCAAUGCUCCUACUAGCAGCAGUCCCUUCUCUCCCAAGGCGUUCAUCAUUAGCAUGUUUUCGCCUGAGGCUGGGGCAUGGUACGGCAUCCCGGACUUCAAUGUCUUGGCCGUCAACAUCACAGUGCCUGGCCUGUCAAUGCUGUUCCCCGACGUCCACUGCACCGGUGACGGGCAGAUCUGCCAGCUCACUACUGGCGAAGGAGAGAUCAACGCUGCGACGACGAUUGCGUCGCUCGUCGCAUCCCCGUACUUCAACCUUACACAGACGUACUUCAUGAUAGCUGGCAUCGGUGGUGUGAGCCCCGAGUUAGCCACGCUCGGCUCAGUAACGCUGGCGAGGUUCGCAGUCCAAGUCGCGCUGCAGUACGAGUUCGACGCCCGCGAGAUCCCCGCGAACUUCAGCACCGGAUACGUCCCGUUCGGGACUAAGGCACCAGGCCAGUACCCCACGUCCAUCUACGGCACCGAGGUCUUCGAGCUCAACGAGGCUCUGCGGAACAAGGCCAUCGAGCUCGCUAGUACUGCGCAGCUGAACGACACGCAGGCUGCAGCAGCCUACCGCGCCAACUACGCCUCGGACCCCGCAUACGCCGCGGGCGCGAGCGGGCCGACCAUCGUCCCCUGCGACGUCGCGACGUCGGACAACUACUACUCCGGUAACCUCCUCGCGGAGGCGUUCGACAACACGACUACGCUCCUGACGAACGGCACCGGCCUGUACUGCUCUAGCGCGCAGGAGGACAACGCGAGCCUCGAGGCGUUCCUCCGCGCGGCGAUAUACGGCUUCGUCGACUUCAGCCGGAUUAUCGUCAUGCGCACGGGCAGCGACUUCGACAGGCAGUACCCCGGCGAGACGGCCACGCAGCACCUGCUCUAUGACCACCAGAACGGGCACAUACCUUCCAUCGCGAACAUUUACUUGGCUGGCGUCAAGAUCGUAGAGGGUAUCGUCAACGGUUGGGAUGACACGUUCGAGGCGGGCAUUACUCCGACGAACUACAUCGGUGACAUCUUCGGGUCUCUGGGUGGUACUCCAGACUUCGGGCCAUACUCUGGAGGUGCUCCCGCUACCAAGAGGAGCAUCGAGGCACGCAGGCGCCGCAGAGUGUAGUCAACCUAUCGCGCCCAGGGCUCUGUGGAGGAUCAUGCGAACAAUGGUGCAAGGAUGAUCACCUCACUAAUGUGAAUGCACGUUC